AUGUGUUUGCCUGAGGGAGAGAGAGCCAUGGCACUAGAAGCAGUAGUGUAUCCACAACCACAAGACCCAUUUGGUUAUGGAAUCAAAGACCUCUACAACUACAACUUGUUAGAAGGUGGUGGUGGAAACUGGGACUAUGGUGACUUCAACCUUGAAAAAGAAGAACAAGGUUGUGUCAGUUUUCUUGAGAACCAAACAGAAAAUUACCCUUAUGGAGAUUGGAAUUGUUCUCCUCCACCAAUGUUGCCUCACAUCAAUGUGUCAAAUUCAAAUCCAUCUUCAGAGACCAGCAACACACAGAACUUAGAUAGCUCAACUUCCACACCUCCUCGUCCCAAGAGGCGCAGAGCCAAAAGCAGAAAGAAUAAGGAAGAGAUUGAGAACCAGAGAAUGACUCACAUUGCUGUUGAGCGCAACAGAAGGAAGCAAAUGAAUGAGUAUCUCUCAGUUCUUCGCUCUCUAAUGCCUGAAUCUUACGUCCAAAGGGGUGAUCAAGCAUCUAUUAUUGGAGGGGCUAUUAACUUUGUUAAGGAGCUUGAGCAUAGGCUGCAAUUUCUAGGUGCUCAGAAAGAAAAAGAGAUUAAAUCUGAUAAGCCCUUUUCUGAGUUCUUCACCUUUCCACAGUAUUCAACAUGUGGUAGUGGUGGCUGUGAUAAUUCUGCGGCCACUGGUGAGCAACUGGGUGGUGAGGUUCAGUCUGGCAUUGCUGAUAUAGAAGUGACGAUGGUAGAGAGUCAUGCAAAUCUCAAAAUAAGAUCCAAGAAACGGCCAAAGCAGCUCUUGAAAAUGGUCACUAGUUUGCAUGGCAUGCGUCUUACCAUCUUGCACUUAAAUGUUACUACCACUGGGGAUAUUGUUCUCUAUUCUCUCAGUGUUAAGGUAGAAGAUGAUUGCAAGCUAGGAUCAGUGGAUGAGAUAGCUGCAGCUGUAUACCAAAUGCUGGAUAGGAUUCAACAAGAGUCAAUGUUGAAUUAA